CGCCAUCUCUCUCUCUCUCUCUCUCUCUCUCAUCUCCGUUCUGAAUUCGAAUCCGAAACUCGCCACUGGAACCAUCCGAUGAACAGAUUAUCCGAUAAGUUCGACGCACUGUCUUCUUCUUCUUACUCGGCAAUGGCGUCGCUGACUUCUCGACUAGAGCACGCGGUUAAGCCCGACGCUCUCCGAGCCUACCUCGCCGAGUUCAUCUCCACUUUCCUCUUCGUGUUCGCCGCCGUCGGCGCAGCCAUGGCUUCAAGGAAGAUGAUGCCGGAUGCGGUAGCAGAUCCAUCGAGUCUGGUCGCUCUUGCAAUGGCAAACGCCUUCGCGUUGACCGUGGCGGUUCACGUCGCCGCCAACAUUUCCGGCGGCCAUGUGAACCCGGCGGUGACGUUUGGGAUGGCGGUUGGAGGUCACAUUAGCAUCCCCAUGGCUAUCUUCUACUGGAUUUCGCAGUUGCUUGGCUCUGUCAUGGCUUGCCUUCUCUUGAAAUUCACCACCGUCUCACAGCAUGUUCCCACCCACGGUAUCCCUCAAGAAAUGACUGGGUUUGGAGCGUCCAUCUUGGAAGGGGUCAUGACUUUCGGGUUGGUCUACACUGUCUACGCGGCCGGGGACCCGAGACGCGGCCCAUUUGGAUGCAUCGGGCCGUUGGCAAUCGGGUUCGUUGUAGGAGCAAAUGUACUGGCAUCUGGGCCAUUCACGGGUGGGUCGAUGAACCCCGCUUACUCAUUCGGGUCUGCUCUUGUUAGCGGGCAUUUCAAGAACCAAGCGGUUUAUUGGAUCGGGCCCUUGAUCGGGGCAUCUUUGGCGGGUGUGCUAUAUGAUAAUGUUGUUUUUCCUGCCCAAGUACCCGGAAUUGCGGAUGGACCAAUUGGGGUUUAAGCGAAGCAUUGGCCACUAAUAUUGAAUUGUGUAUUAUUCCCUUUUUUUGGU